UUCACGAGCUAUCUGUCCUUAUUAAAGUGACGCAUCUCUCAGCAUUCCACUGUCCUCGCCUCUUUCCAUUUCCCCGGUUUUUGGCGUCUCCUAUUGCUCCAUCUCCUCCCGAUUAUCUAGUCGCCUUCUUCGAUAAAGAAAAUGGCUGAUGCUGAGGAUAUUCAACCUUUGGUUUGUGACAAUGGAACUGGAAUGGUCAAGGCUGGAUUUGCCGGUGAUGAUGCACCUCGAGCAGUAUUCCCCAGUAUUGUUGGGAGACCCCGCCACACUGGUGUGAUGGUUGGUAUGGGCCAAAAAGAUGCUUAUGUUGGUGAUGAAGCUCAGUCAAAGAGAGGUAUACUCACCUUGAAGUAUCCAAUUGAACAUGGAAUUGUCAGCAACUGGGAUGACAUGGAAAAAAUUUGGCAUCACACUUUCUACAAUGAACUCCGUGUCGCUCCUGAGGAACACCCAAUACUACUAACUGAAGCCCCUCUUAACCCCAAGGCAAACAGAGAGAAAAUGACCCAAAUCAUGUUUGAGACAUUUAAUGUGCCUGCAAUGUAUGUUGCAAUUCAGGCAGUUCUAUCUCUCUAUGCCAGUGGCCGUACUACCGGUAUUGUGCUUGACUCUGGUGAUGGUGUCAGCCAUACUGUUCCAAUUUAUGAAGGAUAUGCACUUCCGCAUGCUAUUCUUCGGUUGGAUCUUGCUGGCCGUGAUCUCACAGAUUCUCUCAUGAAGAUCCUUACUGAGAGAGGGUACUCGUUCACCACAACAGCAGAACGGGAAAUUGUCAGGGACAUAAAGGAGAAACUGGCAUACGUCGCCCUUGAUUAUGAACAAGAAUUGGAGGCUGCCAAGACUAGCUCAGCUGUGGAGAAGAGUUAUGAACUCCCUGAUGGCCAGGUCAUAACUAUUGGUGCUGAGAGAUUUAGGUGCCCAGAGGUUCUAUUCCAACCAUCAUUAAUCGGCAUGGAGUCUGCUGGAAUUCACGAGACCACAUACAACUCCAUCAUGAAGUGUGAUGUAGAUAUCAGGAAAGAUUUGUAUGGUAAUGUGGUGCUUAGCGGUGGAUCAACUAUGUUCCCAGGCAUUGCUGAUCGUAUGAGCAAAGAGAUCACUGCUCUUGCCCCUAGCAGCAUGAAAAUUAAGGUGGUUGCCCCACCUGAACGUAAGUACAGUGUCUGGAUUGGAGGAUCCAUCCUUGCCUCCCUUAGCACCUUCCAACAGAUGUGGAUUUCGAAGGGCGAGUACGAGGAGUCUGGUCCAGCAAUUGUCCACCGGAAGUGCUUCUAAGAAUUCAUUUGGUGUUUGCAUGUUGCAUGGCCACGCUGUAGGUUCUAGUUGUGGCUUGAUUGUAGUAGUAGGUUCUCUGAACACUUAGAUUUGCUUGUGGUAUUCACGGCGGCUUUGAUUUUUGGCUAAUUAAAGCCUCCUCCCCAUUGCUGAUGAUUAAGCAAAGAUAUCGUCAGUACCUUCAGUUAGUGUCACCCAGAUUUUCGACCCCUAUCGGUUCUCUAGACCCCAACAUCUGGUAGUUUAUGCUUAUGUUAGUUUGGUCACAACUUGAUGCCCCAGGGCCGGCGGCUAUUGCUUCGUUUGUCGACUUUUUUCCUUAGGUCAUAUGAUAUGAUUUGUUGCUUUGUGGAAAUUUGUAUGACUAUAUUUUGAAAGGUUUGCAGUUUGGUUGCCGCAUUGACUCGUA